AUGUCUGAUUCUCUCUUCUUCGAACAGCCGGAUGGUUCGCGAAUUGCGUACAAGAUUUAUGAGCCGUGCAAGUCAGAUGUCACAAAAGAUGAGAUUCCUCUUGUGAUGAUUAAUGGAUUAUGGCUUCCUAAAGAACUGCUAUUGGGUUUGGAAAAAGAAUUAGCAAAACAUCGAAAAGUUAUUGUAUUUGAUAAUCGUGGAAUCGGAGAAUCAACUGUUGCUUCUGGAAAUGAUCCGUGUUCAAUUGAUUUGAUGGCACAAGAUACAAUUGCAUUAAUCAAGCAUCUUGCAAUUAAGAAAUUUAAUCUGUUAGGAUGGUCUAUGGGAGGUCAAAUAGCACUUUGCGUUGCGUUAAAUAUACCAUCAGAUCUUACAUUAGAAAAACUAAUUCUUUGUGCAAGCUGGCUUGAGGUUCCUCAAGCUAUAAUGUUCGAUCAUGUGUAUAACUUACCAAAGUGGUAUUAUCCGGAAAGCUUACAAGAGCAACGGAAGGAAAUUAUGCUUUUGUUCGAAAAAAAUUUUACUGAUUACCUCAUUACACAUUCAGAAAUAUUUGAUAAAGUGACCGAGACAAAUUUAUUUAUAGAACGGCAAUGGGAGGCUGUAAGGCAACCGUCAAACAUUGACUCAAAAUUACACACGAUCAAAGUGCCGACUUUGAUAAUUCAUGGUGAAGAUGACAAAUUAGUCUGUAUACGACAAGGUGAAUUGCUUGCACAUGGAAUCCCUAACACCGAAUUUGUCAGAAUACCUAAAGUUGGACAAAUGUUUUGGCCAAUGGAACCCAAAUCUGCUAUCACUAUUGAUGACUUUUUACUUGGAAAAAAUAAUAAUAUCAAGAAUAAACCAAGGUCUUUAUUAUAA